AAAUAAAAGAUUUCAAGCUCGGACAGCUCUUACAAAUUAAUCCACUUAAAAGGCUUUGAAAAAGAAGAGGACAAUAAUCACCUACCCAGAUUUUGAUAAUAAACAUUACCACAUUUUGCACCGGACUUAUGAACUCCACAAUAAGUCUGCCAUACAUAUAUGGAGAAUGGCUUCCCUUGGGCUUGGAGAAAUAUUUUAUUUACGCAGUCUUAUCACCUAUACUGGCAUUAAUGGUAGUUCCGGUUUGGAUUUUUUUCUAUGUCUACCUAUCUGUUUUCAUUGUCCUGUUCUAUGAGAUGUCUAGUAAAGCUAAAGAAGAGGCCCAAAGAAGCUACUAUUUUAUUUUGGGACAUCUUUGGGACUUCUUUGGAAGAAUAUGGCAUGGUUAUGAAUUACAUGGAGUAGAAAAUCUACCGGAUGGACCAGGCCUUAUUAUUUAUUAUCAUGCUCCACUUCCUAUAGAUUAUAUUUUCUUUCUAGCAAGGAUCUUUUUCCUGAAGAACAGAUUGUGUUGCCAUACAGUGGUCGAUCAUUUUGUCUUUAAGUUGCCAGGCUUAAAAAUGCUUGGCAGUAAUUUGAAAAUGAUAACUGGUUCAAAGGAAGAAUGUCUUCAUGCCCUGAAGAAUGGCGAUUGGGUGGCUAUUUCACCAGGAGGAACACGAGAAGCCAUCUUUAGUGAUGAAACCUAUAACAUUUUAUGGGGUAAACGCACAGGUUUUGCAAAAGUUGCUUUAGAAGCAAGAGUGCCCAUAAUUCCAAUGUUUACAGAGAACAGUCGUGAGGGGUAUAAGAUACUUGGAAGUAAGAUAAAACCAGUAAAAGACUUAUACGAAUAUGUUCGAUGGCCACUAAUUAUUUUGUAUGGAGGGUUUCCAGUGAAAUGGCGUACACAUAUUGGAAAGCCCAUACCAUAUGAUCCAAACAUAACUGUUGAAGAGCUGGUGAAAAAGGCACAAAAUGCUUUACAGACUUUAAUAGAAAAAAACCAAAAACAACCAGGAAGUAUAAGAAGUGGUCUUUUGGCACGGUUUCAUAACAAGAAAAAAGAAUAAUUGCAAUGAAAAUACUAUGUAACAAUGACAGUCUUAUCCUUAUUGUAAUUCUAUAUCCUCAUGCAUUAUUGAAUUAUUGCUACUCUUAUAAACUUGUAAACAGUUAAAA